AUGGCGAUUAAGGGUUUUAUCAUAAUCUUCACAAUGGCACUGCUUGCUUUAACUGGCGCCCAACCAGUGGGCCAUGCGGAGAUGGAAAUGGAAGUGGAAUCGAUGGUGACCACAAGGCGACCCAAUCUGGUCAUCCAGCAGAUGGACGACGACUCCAUGAGGUAUCACUUCAUCACCGAACAUCGUCCCACUUCGCUGGGCCAGAAUUACUACCUGAAGCCCGGCCAAUUAGUGGGCACAGUCACCCUGGACUCGGACAUCCUGCAGGUGAGACACGACCAGGACGAUGGCAAACCGGUAGCCAGCAAGCACAACAUCCUGUUCGUGGCCUACGCCAAGGAUCUGGCCCACAAAUCCAAACCAUAA